AGAGAGCAGCUACACACUACCUACUCACAGCCUGAAAAAAAAUACUCCCUGACCGUCGCAAAACCUAGUGAUAGUCUAUCUAGGCUGCAGUUUACGCAACUCGAACGCUCAAAACUGUAGUCACGGUAGGGAGCUGACAGAGUUGUAGAACACAGCCUGAGUGUUUGUGAAUGGGAGUGGCCGAGACUGCUUGAAUCGUGAUUACGACGACCUUUUGCACAAGAGAGACAAUCCUGACCACAUCUACUUCGGAUUUAUCGAAAUAUCAGCAAUCGAUCUAAUUCAAGAUGUUUUACACCUGUGGUCCCAAUGAGGCUAUGGUGAUCUCAGGAUGUGGUCGCUCUCCUCCCCUGAUGAUUGCUGGUGGAAGAGUGUUUGUUAUUCCCUGCUUUCAGCAAAUCCAGCGGAUCUCUCUCAAUACACUGACUCUGAAUGUAAAGAGUGAAAAGGUUUACACCAGGCAUGGAGUGCCGAUCUCCGUGACUGGCAUUGCCCAGGUGAAGAUUCAGGGUCAGAAUAAAGAAAUGCUGGCUGCAGCCUGUCAGAUGUUCAUGGGGAAGUCUGAGAUUGAGAUUGCUAAUAUUGCCCUGGAAACCCUUGAGGGACAUCAGAGAGCCAUUAUCGCCCACCUGACUGUGGAGGAGAUCUACCAGGACCGUAAGAAGUUCUCAGAGCAGGUGUUUAAGGUAGCUUCCUCUGACCUGGUCAACAUGGGGAUCGGUGUUGUCAGCUACACGCUCAAAGAUGUGCAUGACGAUCAGGGUUAUCUAAUCUCGCUGGGUAAAGCUCGUACUGCUCAGGUGCAAAAAGACGCUCGUAUCGGUGAAGCUCAGUUCAAGAGAGAUGCCGUCAUCAGGGAGGCUCACGCCAUGCAGGAGAAGGUCUCUGCUCAGUAUGUAAAUGAAAUUCAGAUGGCUAAAGCACAAAGAGACUUUGAGCUGAAGAAAGCAUCCUAUGACUAUGAGAUCAACACCAAGAAGGCAGAGUCUGAAAUGGCCUAUCAGCUUCAGGUGGCCAAGACUAAGCAGCGUAUCGAGGAGGAGAAGAUGCAGGUUCAGGUUGUGGAGCGUACGCAGCAGAUCACUUUACAGGAGCAGGAGAUCACCCGCAGGGAGAAGGAACUGGAGGCCAAGGUCCGGAAACCAGCUGACGCUGAGAGAUACCGUAUUGAGAAGAUUGCUGAGGCAGAACGGCUUCAGUUGAUCAUGGAGGCAGAAGCUGAGGCAGAGUCCAUCAGAAUGAGGGGAGAGGCACAGGCCUUUGCGCUGGAGGCGAAGGGUCGGGCUGAAGCCGAGCAGAUGGCCAAAAAGGCAGAAGCUUUUAAACAGUACAAAGAGGGAGCCAUGGUGGACAUGCUGCUGGAGAAACUCCCGCUGAUGGCAGAAGAGAUCAGCAGGCCACUCUGUGAAUCUAAGAAGAUCACCAUGGUGUCCAGCGGUGGGUCAGAAGUGGGUGUUGCAAAGCUGACUGGAGAAAUUCUGGAAAUCAUGACUCGUCUGCCGAGCGCGGUGGAGAAACUAACUGGAGUGAAAAUCUCACAGGUUACCUCACCUGCUGGUUUAACCCGAAUGGGCUAAUGGAGUUGGAGUCAGAUGAAGAAGGAAUCAAGUCUGAUCAGCUCUGCUUGUGGAUCUCAGCUCUUCGUGUGUGCAUGCAUGUGUGCAUGCCUGUGUUUGUACUGAACUUAAAACAUUGAGGUCAUUUUUUUUGUAAUCAUCCAUUUGUAACAUUCAGUUUUUAUAUUCUAUUUUGUGAAUUUUAUGGUUUUAUCACAUUAUAUUAUAAUUUUACACAUUAAUUAGGUGAACUACAUCAUCUACUCUAGAGCCUCUAUUAAUAGUGAAUAUUCAGGGAAGUAGGGUUGGUCUUUUCAUUUUUGAAUAGUUUCUGUAUUUUAGAGCCAAAUGCCCGUUGAGUCUGGUUCAGUUCCUUUCUGAAACCAAAGUGCAUUCUAGACCAAUGCAUGUAAAUUCACCUUAAGUGCAUUACCGAAGCCAUAGUCCGCAUGCACAAUGCCUUCCGUAUCCAGACACUGAAAUGUGAUGCUUUAUUCUUGCCGCUUUACACCUCUUUGAUACUUAUGUUCUGAGAAUAUAUUGUCCGGUGUUUUAAUACUUUUUCUUUUCACCAGUGGCACUGAAGUUUGGAGACAUUUUGAAAAAGUUUUUUGUUGUUAAUCAGGCCACUUUUUCUUAAACAGGUCUGUGUGCUCAGGUAAGUGAUUUUUUACAGCAAGUUGAAAUUUGAAAAGGAAGAAGGGGGUGUGAAGUGAGUGCCGCAAAAAUCUGAUGAUUUUUGAAGUUGAUGAACAAACAGGAAAAAGAAGAAGAGAAAACUAGGUUAGGUUUUUAACGCAGGCUGCAAGCAUGUCUUUGUGCCCACAGAAACUCAAGUGAAGGCUGAUUGUGGUUCCAUUUCUCGUUUCAUUUUCCAAUGAUUGCAAAAAAUAAAUAAAUAAAUAAUUAAAAAAAUUACUGUUUUGGUUUUACCAUGCUGCUGUGUACUUCACACUAAAAUUGACUUAACAUUAUUAGAGAUAAAUCUAUGCAUCUCUAGUUUACGCCUUCAAAGUGCCUCAAUAAAUAGCGACAUAUACCGUAACUGACAGCACCCUGCUCUGAUCUUUAGUGUUUCAGCAACAGGAACAGAACUGUGAUGUGUCAUGUGAUACUUUCUAGACCUAAUGACUAAUUUCAUUUAGAAUGUUACUUUUUUUGCCAUUAGUUUGUUUUCAUUGGCUUAAACCCUUGUUUAUGUAUUUAACAAACUUACCCAAUAUUUGCCUUAUUGUAUGUUCAAUGUUGAAGUAGAUAUGUUGCCUUCAAUUGUAGAUCUAUAUAUAUCCAGGCUGAGAUUUAUACAUAUGAUUAUACAAGUACCUACUGUUUAAUAAAACCAAUAAACUAUUAGCAUGUGUUCUACUUUAAAA